GGGGUCAGGUGGGGGUCAGUUAGCGCGGGAGCCCAGCGCGGAGGCUCUUGGGCUGCUGCCCGCCCUGAACGGAAGCCGCUGCGGGACUCAGAAGACGCCAGGAUGGCGACUCCGAGCGGGAAGGCUGCGAUCCCGAGCCCCCAGACUUCCAAGAGGGCUCUCCCGAAAGAUGCUUCCUCUGAGGUCCCGAGCAAGAGAAAGAACUCGAACCCGUCUUCGACGCUUCCGCGGCCAUCCGGGCUCUUCGUGGAGGGUUCAAUCGUGCGCAUCGCCAUGGAGAACUUCUUAACAUACGAUAUCUGUGAAGUGUCUCCUGGGCCCCAUCUGAAUAUGAUUAUUGGAGCUAACGGAACAGGGAAGUCAAGCAUAGUGUGUGCCAUUUGCCUUGGACUAGCAGGCAAGCCUGCUUUCAUGGGACGUGCAGAUAAGGUUGGGUUUUUCGUGAAGAGAGGAUGUUCCAAAGGUUUGGUUGAAAUUGAACUGUUCAGGACUUCUGGAAAUCUUAUAAUCACCCGUGAGAUUGAUGUGAUAAAAAAUCAGUCCUUUUGGUUCAUCAAUAAAAAACCUGUCACCCAGAAAAUAGUGGAAGAACAAGUUGCAGCCUUGAACAUCCAAGUGGGCAAUCUGUGCCAGUUCCUACCUCAGGACAAAGUUGGAGAAUUUGCUAAACUCAGCAAAAUUGAGCUCCUAGAAGCUACUGAGAAGUCAAUUGGUCCUCCAGAGAUGCACAGAUACCACUGUGAACUCAAAAACUUCAGAGAGAAAGAGAAGCAGCUAGAGACCUCUUGCAAAGAGAAAACUGAAUACCUAGAGAAAAUGGUUCAGAGAAAUGAAAGGUACAAACAAGAUGUGGAAAGAUUCUAUGAGCGAAAGCGACAUUUAGAUUUAAUCGAGAUGUUGGAGGCAAAGAGACCAUGGGUGGAAUAUGAGAAUGUACGUCAGGAAUAUGAAGGUGUGAAACUAAUUCGUGACCGUGUGAAAGAAGAGGUCAGAAAACUUAAAGAAGGGCAAAUUCCUAUGACCCGUCGAAUUGAGGAAAUUGAAAGGCAGCGUCGUACUUUGGAAGUUCGAAUCAAAGAAAAGGCGAAUGAUAUUAAGGAAGCAUCUCAGAAAUGCAAACAAAGGCAAGACUGUAUUGAACGGAAGGACAGACAUAUUAAGGAACUCCAGCAGGCCCUGACAGUCAAACAGAAUGAAGAGCAUGACCGGCAGAAGAGGAUAAGUAACACCCGCAAGAUGAUAGAAGAUUUGCAGAAUGAGCUCAGGACUGCAGAAAACUGCGAGAACGUUCAGCCGCAGAUUGAUGCCAUCACAAAUGAUCUGAGGCGAGUUCAAGAGGAAAAGGCGUUAUGUGAAGGCGAGAUCAUUGACAAACAGAGAGAAAAGGAGAUGCUGGAGAAGCAGAAGCGGAGUGUGGGUGAUCAUAUCAUACGUUUUGACAAUCUUAUGAAUCAGAAGGAAGAUAAGCUGAGACAGCGGUAUCGGGACACGUACGACGCAGUGGUGUGGCUGAGAAAUAACAGAGACAGGUUCAAGCAGAGAGUCUGUGAGCCCAUAAUGCUCACGAUUAAUAUGAAAGAUAAUAAAAAUGCAAAAUAUGUUGAAAAUCAUAUUUCUUCAAAUGACCUAAGAGCCUUUGUGUUUGAAAGUCAAGAAGAUAUGGAGAUUUUCCUCAGAGAGGUUCGUGACAAUAAGAAACUAAGAGUAAAUGCUGUUAUUGCUCCCAAGAUUUCAUAUGCAGACAAAGCACCUUCAAGAUCUCUGAAUGAGUUAAAACAGUAUGGAUUUUUUUCAUACUUGCGAGAGUUAUUUGAUGCACCUGAUCCUGUGAUGAGUUACCUUUGCUGCCAGUAUCAUAUUCAUGAGGUUCCUGUGGGAACUGAGAGGACCCGAGAAAGAAUUGAACGGGUAAUACAAGAAACGCGAUUAAAACAAAUUUAUACAGCAGAAGAAAAGUAUGUGUUAAAAACUUCUUUCUAUUCAAAUAAAGUUAUUUCUAGUAACACAUCCUUGAAAGUAGCCCAGUUCCUCACUGUCACUGUGGAUCUAGAACAAAGGAGACACUUGGAAGAACAGCUAAAGGAAAUUAAUAGAAAAUUAGAAGCAGUGGAAUCAGGAUUGGUGGCCUUACGUGAUACGAACAGGCAUCUUGAGCUCAAAGACAAUGAGCUGAGACUGAAGAAGAAGGAGCUUCUUGAAAGAAAAACCAGGAAAAGACAGCUGGAGCAGAAAAUCAGCUCCAAGCUGGCAAGUAUAAGGCUGAUGGAACAGGAUACUUGCAAUCUGGAAGAGGAAGAACGAAAAGCAAGUACCAAGAUCAAAGAAAUAAAUGUUCAAAAAGCAAAACUUGUUACUGAAUUAACAGGCCUUGUAAAGAUUUGCACUUCUUUGCAUAUACAAAAAGUUGAUUUGAUUCUUCAAAAUACUACCGUGAUCUCAGAGAAGAACAAGUUAGAAGCAGAUUACAUGGCAUCAUCUUCACAGUUACGUGCUACAGAACAACAAUUCAUUGAAUUGGAUGAAAAUAGACUGAGAUUGUUACAGAAGUGCAAGGAACUUAUGAAGAGAGCUAGGCAAGUAUGUAACCUGAGUGCAGACCAAGCCGUUCCCCAGGAAUUUCAGACACAAGUACCCACCAUUCCAAAUGGAUACAACUCCUCACCCCCCAUGGCUUUUCAGGAUCUUCCAAACACAUUGGAUGAAAUUGAUGCAUUGCUAACUGAAGAAAGAUCAAGAGCUUCUUGCUUUACAGGACUGAAUCCUACAGUAGUUGAGGAGUACACAAAAAGAGAAGCAGAGAUACAGCAGUUAACUGAAGAACUAAGAGGGAAGAAAGCUGAACUAGAUGAAUACAGGGAAAACAUUUCACAGGUGAAAGAAAGGUGGCUGAACCCAUUAAAGGAGCUAGUAGAAAAAAUCAAUGAGAAAUUCAGCCACUUUUUUAGUUCCAUGCAGUGUGCUGGUGAAGUUGAUCUUCAUACAGAAAAUGAGGAAGAUUAUGAUAAAUAUGGAAUCCGAAUUAGAGUAAAAUUUCGCAGUAGUACUCAGCUGCAUGAAUUAACCCCUCAUCAUCAAAGUGGAGGUGAAAGAAGUGUUUCUACCAUGUUGUAUUUGAUGGCGCUUCAGGAGCUUAAUAGAUGUCCAUUCAGAGUAGUUGACGAGAUUAAUCAGGGUAUGGACCCAAUCAAUGAGCGAAGAGUGUUUGAAAUGGUUGUGAAUACUGCCUGUAAAGAGAACACGUCCCAGUACUUCUUCAUCACGCCAAAGCUUCUGCAAAAUCUUCCUUAUUCUGAAAAGAUGACAGUAUUGUUUGUCUACAAUGGCCCUCAUAUGCUGGAACCAAACCGAUGGAACCUAAAGGCUUUUCAAAGGCGGCGGCGAAGGAUUACCUUCACUCAACCUUCUCAGUGAAAGAAAAGGGAGGGGACUUCAGAGGUUUUUCAUUUAAUUGUUUAUACCUGUGGCUCAAGUGAAUAAAAGUUAGCAGAUUUACUGAAAGAAAAAGAUUGGUUAUUUUUGGAAACCUGCUUUGAAAAACAAAUAGGUUAAUGAAGUGGAGACCACAGUGACUCUGGAACAUUUUCUAGUGAAAAUUAAGUCUUCAAUUUGGGUUCAACUUGACUCAUCAGUC